GAGGAAGACAAAAAUGUUCACAGUAUUUUUAGUUUCAUAUUCAAGUGUGAAAACCACCAGCAGUCCAUCGGUUAACAACGUCUGUCCAUCUUGUUCAUUUCUUAUUCAUGCAUUGACACAGACGCUCAUUACAGCACGAGGUUUGAUAUGGAGAUGUGUUUCAGAAUAUCUCUGAUGUUUCUGCUCAUAACUGCUGAUGUUGAUGGUCAGCAGGGUUGGGGAGUGAAUUACAGCCCUUCAUAUGUUUGUGCAUUAAGAGGAUCAACAGUGAAAAUAACCUGUACUUUAAAAUAUCCAUCUGGCUAUGUGAUGAAUAAAGGCUUCUGGACAAAAGUUGCACAUAAAACUAAUGGAGAACCACCUGACCUGUGUUUGGUACCAGAAAACAGAAGAAGAGUUCAGUGUCACAGUGAAAAUAAAAACACUCACAUCACUUUGACAGAUGUGACAGAAGCUGAUAAACACAUCUACUACUGCAGAUUUAUAACAAACCAAGUAGAUGGUAAAUAUACAGGAGUUCCUGGAGUUCAGCUUGAUGUCACAGACCUGCAGGUGGAGACAAAUCAGAGAGUGAAAGAGGGAGAUUCAGUGACUCUUACAUGUAAAACCACCUGCAGACUGACUGAAAAAACAACAUUCAUCUGGUACAGAAACACACCGAGAUUCACUGAAUACAGAGUAAAUCAACUUCACCUGCAGUCAGUCAGUCGUGAUGAUUCAGGAGUUUAUAGAUGUGAUGCUGUAAGAGGAUCUAAACGUCUUCUCUCCUCUCCUGGUGUUUAUCUUAGUGUUGAGUAUCCUCCUGAGAAAACUUCAGUGUCCAUCAGUGUAUCUGGUGAAAUAAUGGAGGGUGAUUCAGUGACUCUGACCUGCAGCAGUGAAUCAAAUCCACCUGUUCAGAUCUACAGCUGGUUUAAAGGAGAAAAGUCAGUGGGAUCUGGACAGAUCUACAGCAUCACGAGUAUCAGAUCAGAUGACAGUGGUGAAUACAAGUGCAAGUCCAGAAAUAAACAUGGACAGAAAGAUUCAGAUGCUGUGAGGCUGAAUGUGAUGUAUGCACCAAGAAAAGUUGUGGCGUCCAUCAGUGGAUCUGAUGUAAUAAUGGAGGGUGAUUCAGUGAAUCUGACCUGCAGCAGUGAAUCAAAUCCACCUGUUUACAACUACAACUGGUUUAAGGUGAAUGAAACAUCAUCUGUUGGAUCUGGACAGACGUACAGCAUCACUAACAUUAACUCCAGACACAGUGGAUGGUUUUACUGUGAGGCUCAGAAUGAAGUCGGAUCUCAGAGGUCUGCUGCUGUAUCAGUCAGUGUUAAAGGGGUUCAGGGUUCUGCUCUGUACACAGUUAUUGGGAUUGUGGCAGGAUGUGGUGGUCUGUUCUUCAUCAUCAUCUUCAUCAUCCUGUUUAUACGGAAGAAGAGAAGAGCAGGUGGAUCUGAAGCUUACGCUUACAGGCAAAAUCAGGACAAUGACAGAUCAGCAGGAGCAGCUUCAGCCAAUGAUGAUCCACUUUACUCACUAGUAUCAACCAAUCAGAACGGGGCAUCAGAGACCGCUGAUGCUGUUGAGGUUCAAUAUUCCAGUGUUCAACACUUCAGAAAGAAAAAGAUGAAUGACUCUGGAGAGAAGGACUGUCAGUAUAUGAACUUUGAAAAACAUCAUACCUCUGAUCCUCAUGGGUUGACUGAUGUGAUCUACAGUUAUGCCAAAUGAUGUCAGAUCUCUGAAGUGUGUUUGCGUGUGCAUGCGUGUUUCUAAUAGGAAAUAGCCUCACUAAUAUGUGUUUUCCCUGC